AUGGCAGCAAUAGUUUACGGAGGAAGUCCUCGACACUCAAGCGGUCGUUCACACUCGCAAUCGCAAUCCAAUCUGCAACAAUCGCCUUACCACCAUCACCAUCAGCGACACUUGAGCGAUCACUUUUGGGAUAAGAACUCGAAACGGAAGUCUGCGGUCGAGAUGCUGGCAGAGAGCAAGCCAUUUUACGUCAAGUCGGAGAUGGUUCUCGAUCGGCAUCAGCAGCUGAAUGUUCGUGGAAGUAAUUCGGCGUCGUCUUUUAUGAUAUCACCAUCACGCACACUACCGCCUCAACAUCGAUCCACAAGUCGUCGCAGCGCCUCAUCCGGCUCCGAUCUCCUACAAACGAAGCUCCGCAAGUUACUAAAUGCCGAUGGCAAGGCAGCUGCGUCGUCGCAACAUCACGCACACCACUUGUUAACCUCCCCCGAAAUCUUAGGUCCAACCAAAUAUGGCAGUCACGGGCAUCCGCGCGACACGCUAAUCGGCAAAUACGACACGUAUCACGGCGCCAAAAGUCUCAGCAUGUACCAGAAGAACUACCAGCAACAGUUAACGGUGCAUCCCGAGCCCCAAAGUGACGUUUCCGUGUUUUUCCCAAGUGCAUUUUUAUCCCCGCAAUCCUUGCCGCCGCAUCCCGUGGGCGACGACGAUCUCUAUUCGUUCGCGGAUGGCGCGAGCAGUGGUCUCGUCCUAACAGACGACUAUCGUGCAAUCAGUCCGCCAGCGGAAUAUGCCGAACACGUGAGUCCCGGCAAUAAUAAUAAGGCAUCGACGGCAUCGCGUUAUGACUAUCAACGUUCGUAUUCGCAUGGCGGACAGGCAGUUGUCGAAACGGAUGACGACGAGCAGAAUUAUUCACCUUCUUCGUACAAUAUUAACAGCCACAAGUCCCUGCCGGACCUCCAUUCGCAAAUAAGUCGUCAUAGUCCGCAUAGCGAGGCACUGAGUUGUUGCAGUCGCGGCAACCGAUCGGGAUCUAGUUCAUUUAAUCGCGAUUCUGGCGGCUCUUCUGGGCAUUACACGCAUCGUUCGGAGCAGCAACAACAACAACAAGAAGGCGGAACGUUAAUUGGAGCCAUUACGGAUUUCCGACGUGAUUCUGGGAGUUCGACGCAACACAGUGGCAACUCGUAUUACGCUUAUGGCAUCCCGCCUCUGCGCUAUGAUUGCAUCGAAUGUACGCGAAUUCGCGAUGACGCCGAUAAUUUGCUCAAUUUUACGACGCCUGAGGUGCCGGAAGCGUUCCAAGAUGACUACAACGAGAAGAAAAAGUACUACGACGAUCGCAACGAAACGCGUCAAUACUAUCACUCGAGCUCCAAACACAGCGGCGAUGCCCGAGGACCAACUUCCCUCUCUCCCCUGUCGCCAUUGAGUCCCUUGUCGCCGCACAAUGACGUCAUUAGUCCCCCACUGGGCACAUUUAAGCGUCAAAAAUGCCUCCGGUUCAAGAGUCGCAGUCGAUAUUCGGCAUCGCCUCGCAGUAGUCGCACCGGCGACGAUGACCUCGAUGACGACAAAAAGCCAAUUUUACGCUCAAAAAGUGAUAUUAGUGAUAGAUAUUGGAACCGAAAUGUCCCGAUAAUGGAUCAUCAUCAGAGUCUGCAUGCGCAACAUCAUCGCGAACGGGAACGAGAGCAUCGGGAAACGUCUCGCCUGCAAGCGGCACGCGGCAAAUCCGAAAGUCUGAGCGAGCUGGAGCGAUUUUUCGAUCGUCUCGGGUUGGAUGACAAGAAUUUCCAGGAACAUAUUGCACCGAAAAGCAAGUCGACGUACAGCAGUGAUGCCGAAUCCGAUCAUUCGAGUACCGUUUUCUUCUCGGAUGUCAGUACAGAUGACUCGACACGACUGCCCGAUAGUACAGAUACGCAAGUUAAUCCGGCGCUGUAUCGUCCGAGCGAACCACCGUCAAUUAUCGAACGGAAUGCGCGCAUCAUCAAGUGGCUAUGUAACUGCAAAAAGGUCCAGAUGCACUGAAAGGAGGCCCUCGUCUAAAAGACAUCGAAAUUUUACGAAAAAAAAUCUCUUUAACUCUCAAAAUGAACAACAAUUAUUAGAAAUUACUCGUAUUUAAGCGUUUUUUCUGACAUUGACAUGAACAUUUUCGACUUACUUAACAUAGAUUCAAUUAUAAAUGUUGACGAAAAAAAUAAUUAAAUGUAACUCGAACUUCUUCACACACAAAAGUAGCCCGAAAAAUCAACAAAACGUAGUUUCAAUCAAAAAAAAUUAUAAAAAAAACACUAGAAACGAUCAAAAACUUUUUUUAAAAAUUUUUUUUGUAAAUAAUUUCAAAGAUGCCUGAACAAAAAAGCAUCAAUAGCGACUAAAAACUACUUAUUUCGAUAAAUCAUGAAUAUUUGGUGUCUAUUUAUAAAUAAAUAACGAUAGUCUAUAGCGAGCAUGAACUUUGAAAGCAUGAGAUACUCAUAAAAGUAAUGAAAAAAAACGAACUUUAACAAAAAUUUUGUUUCUACACGAUUUUUUAAUGAAAAUGCUUCUAAAGCAAAACCACCA